ACGAAUUUUGUGCCGUCCUUUUUACAGCAAUUGACAGCUGUGUUUGACACAUUGACACAGGCAGUCAGCGUGUCGCGUACUCAAAAUAUUGUCUGAAACCAUAAACAGUGAUGCUAAAAUUCGCAAUGAACGGAGAAAACAGAAAUCGUCGAUCUCGACACAUUAAUAAGAAAUUACUGAAACCAUUAACCUGCACGUUCUAUUGAGUAGCGUCAGGUUACGUUUAUGAAUAAAAAUUGUUCAUUGAGAUUACGCAUAAAUAAAUAUGGACAUACUCCACGAGCAGCUUGGCAUACCAAAAAAAUACAUUCGCCUUUUAAAUGGGCGAAUUUCAAUUACGGUUCACCGAAGUUGGUUAGCUAAUUUACUCAGUGUUGGGUCAGUCACUUUUAUCACUCAUGAUCAGCUGUCUGCAGACGUAAUUGCAGCACAACCUUCACUUGAUGAAUUGGGAUCUAACUGGCUCCGAAUCUACGCUCAGGUAUAUCAAAAACAACACAGAAAUGCAAUUCCCUUACCAAGAGCGAGAAACCUGGGGCAUGGAAAGACAGAAUCAGAAUUAACAUUUCCACAGCUAUUGCAUUAUGUUAUGGAAACUAAUCACCACAAUUUAUGGAAAGAAGCUUAUAAAAAAUACUACAGUAGAUGGAAUCCAGCCGAGCAAAGAGAACAGUCGAAUAUAACGGCAAGCAGCAACGAUGUGGCUGUAAUGAAAGAUAUUAUUACUCGCAUGUAUGGCUGUCCGAUGGUACAGCUGCAGGAUGGCAAUGUAGUAACUGUUACCCCAGGAUCCACACGAGAGCUGCACUGUAAUUUAUUACCAGCGUUACUCACCAUUGAAACAGAAUCUUGUUUCAUCACAAUUCAUGAACAAACUGCCAAAUAUUCCCUCCAAGAUUCUGUGACGUACAGUCCAGCAGCCCUAUCUUCGAGCCAUAGCAAACCUUUGUUCCUCAUUUAUCAGCUACUCCGUCUAUUAAGAGAUAUGCAUGAUAGAGGUUUAGUUCUUGGAGAAAUAACUCUCGGGGAUAUAUUACUCACUGAUACUUUCACUAUUCAGGUCUUACCAAAAAUAACUGACAAUAUACACUUGAAACCACAACACGAGUGUGGAAGUUCAGCUAGUAUUCACGGUCACAGAAAAUUAAAGUGUCACGAUUACAACAAGGAUAUCAGCUUGAAUUACGAGUAUAGUAAAAAUUCUGGUAGCCCUUUGUUUGGAAUUAACGAAAACAUUGAUAAACUCUGUGAAAUGUGGAUUCAGGGGCAAAUAAGUAAUUUCGAUUAUUUGACUGCACUGAAUAACGUAGCUGGCAGAAGAUACGGGGAUCCAUCCUGCCAUCAUGUUAUGCCUUGGGUGACAGAUUUCACAUCACGUUGCGGAGGAAAUUGGAGAGACCUUACAAAAUCAAAAUUUCGACUUAAUAAAGGCGACCGGCAAUUGGAUCUUACGUUUGACUCCCAUGUAACUGAGGUUGGUCAUCAUGUUUCGGAUGUCCUUUCAGAAAUCACUUACUACGUGUACCUUUCUCGUCGCUAUGCUCGUUCUGUGCUAUGCAAGCAUGUGAGACCGCAGUGGGUUCCAUGGGAGUAUCCCGCGUCUAUUCAAAGGCUGCAUCAUUGGAGUCCUGAUGAAUGUAUUCCACAAUUCUUCACCGAUCCAAACGUCUUUAAGUCCAUUCAUGAAGACCUACAAGAUCUGGAAAUUCCAGCAUGGGCAACGUCUCCCGAAGAUUUUAUAGAAAAGCAUCGCGAGGCUUUGGAAAGUAUAUACGUUUCUGAAAGACUACAUCACUGGAUCGAUCUCACUUUUGGUUACAAAUUAUCAGGCUCAGCAGCAGUGAAAUCAAAAAAUGUGUGCUUGCAGUUAGUCGAUAAUCACAAAGGGUUAACAAAUUCUGGGAUAGUGCAGGUGUUUACAUUGCCACAUCCGCAAAAGCUAGUGCCUUCACCUUACUGGAGUAAAAGUCCACCUCGUUUACAGAAACCAAACUUGAGGGAGAGAAUAAAAAGUGAUCGUUCUGGUGAAAGAAUCAGUGAAGAUGAAGGUCACAGUUCAGGCUUUGAAGAAGACGAAUCUGCGGCCAAUUCUAAUCCUUCAAGGUCAUCGCCACUAGCUUUGAGUCGUUUACUCAGUCGAUCUCGGAGCUCCUUACUCGCUCCUGACGAUAUUCCAAAAACUGAUAAAUCGUCGAUGCAAAUUAUUCUUCCCAAAGACUACAACCCAGUGGCGGCACUUGUGCAGGUUGAAACUACAUAUGCUUUUCUAAACAAAGCGACUCACCAGACUUAUAAGUCAAAUCCAAUAGCCCAUGACAGCUUGACUAACUACAAGCAAAUUGUAGCCUCUAGUAGAAUCAAGGAACAGCAAAUACUUGGGUGUUUGAUAGCCGAAAUAUUCCUUUCUGCAAGAUUGAGAGCGUCAACGAAAGCUGCAUACAUGACAUUUAAUGAGAGAUUCAGUGCCUGUGUCAAUUUGUUAAAGGCAUCACCGGAUGCCCUACCAAGAUGUGUGAGAAGCGCAGUAGCCUUGCUGCUUCAGGCUGACGUGAUACCAAAGAGCUACAAUUUCGAAAGUGUGGAUAAUAAUGACCCUGCUUCAAGUUCGAACAAUGUACAGUUUCGUUAUCUGACAGUAACUAACGUUGGUCUACCUCCGCCCUCUGCCCAUCAAUUGCUACAGUCGAUUUUGUCUGGAAGCUUGUUUCCCUUUCCUAAAUACUUCAAACGUUUGUUCGGGGUGGUCGAAAUGCUGCAAGAAUACAAUAGCCUUGUUCAAAGUUUGAAUCUAGUUACACAUAGGGCUCAGGAAAGUGAAUCAAUGUCUGUUACACAAACUCAAUACCUCUGCAAGAUCAGCGAGUGUAAAGUCAAAGCUGCAGCAAGAGACCUUGAACGACUUCUCCCUGAAAUGGGUGAUACUUCAGAAGCUUAUCUCGAAUUAAUAGUACCCCAUAUUCGUCAAAUAAUGGAGGAACCUUACUGUGCUGUUUUAGCUGCUUGGUACUUAUUUGAUCCUAUUGCCAAAGUUAUAGGACCAAAACAUUCCGCAAUGGCUCUACUGGAACCAAUUGUAAAGUUGUAUGAAAAUGGUUCCAUAAUGGAUAGUGAAUCUGAAAUAGACGUUUUGUCUUCCAUGUCACCUGCAAAGCACAGGACAGUGAGACUUUACCACCGUAGUUUUCUUUUAAAGCUUAUGGUUAGACUUGGACUGCGCAAAUUUUUAGACAACUUUAUUACACCGUUAGUAGAGGCGGUUGGCGGCUACAGAGACAAUUUACAAAACCCCUCUAACGUGAAUUACUGUAGGAAUGGAAACCUCAAGACAUGUGAUCUUGGCGGUAGCUGUAGCGAUGCCGAAGCAAUGCUAUCACCCUUAGACGAGGAUUCUUCUGGUGAUUCUGAUCGAAACGGUUCUACUUCUUUAGGCCAAUCAGCCAGCGAUUCCAAAGUAUUACUUUCAACUGAUAACGAAAUAGAAGACGUUUUCGUUCUUGAAACAGAGGAAAAUUCUCCACCUUCCAAUGCUAGUGUACCUUAUAACAUAGAUGUUCAUUUGGAGCUGAACUUGAGUUUGAACGAUCUCUCUGAUGAAGCAAAUAAAACCUCACCACCAAGCAGUAUGAAAUCGCCGACUAUUCCGAUACCAAAAAGAGUCGAAGGUGGUAAACUAGUCACUGGUUUCAACAGCAUCGGUUGUCACGUUGGUAGUAAAACAUCCAGUGAAGACAUACCGUUCAGCAAUUCAUACGUCGGGAAUGUCACCACUGGAAGUAACAAAGCUACGGACAGUACAAGCACAACAAAUGUUGAAACUUUGAAGGAAGUUACUUUGCAUUGUGAAAAUGAUGAUCAUCCUGAAAACGUUGACGUCAAUGAUGAAACAGUUUGCAUGGAUCUACCGCUACAGAAGUUAGUUCCUAUUGAUUGCAAAGUGUCUGAAAUGAGCGCAGAGUCUGUCAUUUGGUUGUCUCAUCGUCUAGGACCAGUUCUAACUGCUCGUUAUCUGUCACGGAAUCUUCUCAGGAUGUUAACGCUCUGCUACGCUGGAACAGAAAACUUGACCCCUAUAUCCAAGAAUGAGACAGCAAGACCGGAUGACCAGAGUAAAUGGCCAAACACAAUGCUUGUCGGGGAUCGAAAUGCAUCCAAAGUUUUAGAAUGCCUCACUGCUAUUGCAGGCUUGUAUGGUGAGCAAAUAAUUUUACUGCAAUACUUGGGUCACAUGGUGGAAUUACUGGCUUUGUGUAAACGGAAGCUGACCCCAAAUCUGGAGGGUGGUUUAGUUUCUUGCCUGGCACUCUUGACACACAUUAUAGGAUUCCUCAGUGAUUCUGCGCUCAUGGAUGCCCUUCACGAAACUAUAUUAAGAUCAGUUCUGCAUCCGGCUGUGAGGAUACUUUCGACAACCCGUUAUACCUUUCCAAAUGGUGUAGUGGCACGCAGCGCAUUGGCUGACAAAUAUAUUGCAGUGACAUUCUGCUUGAGCCAAAGACUAGGAUCGGAGAUGAGUAAAACGCAGAUAGCAGUUUCUAUUCAGCGUUUUUUUCUAGCUUUUGACAAAGCGCAUGGUCAAAUUAGUAAAAACGUGUACGUUGGAGAUAUAGAGCGAAAAAUCGUCAAUUCUGCAAAGAAGAUCAAUCCUAACAAAAAAAAUUCUACAACCAACAGUCUAGCUGCAUCUUGCAAUGAGAGCAGCUACUUCGAAGUGUUAUCAGAUGGUUCCACUCAGGAAUGGGCUGUCAGAGAAUUGUCUCCAUGUAUGCAACAAGUCCAGUACAGCACAAGCGACGAAAUCACCGAAUCUUUCUCACCCCCUGUAAUCGAAGAUAGUUGUUUGACGGAUUCCAAACGAAACAAAGCACUCGAUGAACUCAGAGCAGUCUUCACUAUGGAGUUAGCACACAAAUCGUAUGUAACAUUUUAUCGUUACAUCGGGGAUGAUGCUAUGGAGCAAAUUCUGAAAAAUCAUCAACUAAUCAGAGAUCUUUGUUACGAAUAUGAACAAGAAACUCGACCUUCUUGUUCUAACGUUGAUUUUGCACCUGUAGAUUUCAACUCUGAUACAAGGGAUGCAGAGAGUUUUGGAAAAAUAUCUGUUGUUGGAAAUCGCAUUGAAGUUCAAAGAAAGAGUCCAUCCCCGCAAACACAGUCUUCAAGUGAUAACGGGUUAUCAGUAAGCAGAGAGAUGAUGUCUACCAGUCGGCACCUUAGAGGAAAUUGGUUGGCAUAUUGGGAGCACGAAAUCGGCAGACCCGAUAAAGAUACCAGAUUUAACAUUAAGCAAAUAAAACUUCAAACAUUCGUCGGUCACACUAGUAGCGUCAGAUGUCUUCAUGUCCUUGACAAUGAGAAUAGCUUUAUGAGCGGAGGGCGAGACAAAAGUGUGAAACUUUGGAGCCUGAGAAGUCAGGGAGAUGGUAGUGCGGUAUCACAAUGUCAAUACACUUACACAGGACACAAAAAGUCAAUACUUGCCUUAACGUUUCUGGAAUCUCUGAGGUAUGCGGUCACUUGCGAUGGGUCCAUUCACUGCUGGGAUCCGUUCAUGGGUUCACUGUUAGGGUCUCCGGAAUGCGUCCGUCCUGCACCUGUAAAUACUCUGGCAGCUUGUCCUAUUCCGUCUACAAUGCUGCUUGCUGCUACUACAGAUAUGACAUUAAGAGUUAUUGACUGCAGAACAUUUCAGUAUGUUAAUGAAAUGAAGGUCUCUAUGAAUCCAACUGGUUUAAUACGAUGUAUAGCGGUAGCUCCUAGUGGGCAUUGGAUUGCCAUGGGUCAGGCAUCUGGAUUUCUUGCAAUUUUAGACAUUCGUACUGGACUAAUUAUAGCAUCAUGGAAAGGUCACGAAUGUGAAGUGUUGCAGUUGGAAGCAUUAAACGACACAACUAUCAUUAGCUCUUCCUUAGACCAGUCUAUCGCAGUAUGGAGUGCAGUUGACGGAAAAUUGAAAUUUCAUUUGAAAGGGACAACAGAACCGGUACACUGUUUGUCCAUCUACGAUCAAGAGUUGAUAUCAGCUACAACUGCAAAUCGCAUCGGAGUUCACACCUCUGUAGAGGCAACAGCUUCAUUUUCUUCGACUAAAUUACGAUCAGAUACGUUUAAAGGUGAUCUUACAGCCAUGUCUGUACUUCCUCUGAAUAGACUUCUUCUGCUAGGUGCUGACAACGGUGGAAUUUCCCUACUAUGUUAAAAUAGGAUAGUAACAAUUAGAUAAAUCUACUAUUAUCCAUCGGCAUUCAUCAGUAUUGUCAUUCGUUACUACGAAGUUUUCAUACUAUCCAAUAUUCAUGUGAUAAUUGGCAAAUAAAAAAGAAGUACGGACUUA